AUGCUUGCCAAGCGUUGUGCUGGCAACAACUUGGAAGCGGGCAGCUGCAAUUGGGACGUGUCAUGGCGGCGGCCGACGAAGGGGAUGCGACUGGGGAAGUGGCGGUGCUGGAGCGCGGGCCGGGAGCACUUUAUCACAUGUUUGUCAUGAUGGAGGAUCUGCUGGAGAAGUUGAAGUUACUCAAUUGCGAGGAAGAUGCCGCGUUGCGGAGCCAUAACAUGAGGCCGCCUUCCCGACAUUAUUUUGCAUUGCCUAUUAACCCAGGUGAACAGUUCUACAUGUUUUGUACCCUUGCUGCUUGGCUAAUUAAUAAGGCAGGGCAUCCUUUUGAGCAACCACAGGAAUAUGAUGACCCAAAUGCAACAAUAUCUAACAUAUUAGCAGAGCUGCGGUCCUUUGGAAGAACUGUAGAUUUUCCUCCCUCAAAGUUAAAGGCUGGUUAUGGAGAACAAGCUUGCUACGUUCUUGAUUGUUUGGCAGAAGAAGCCUUGAAAUACACAUCCUUUAGCUGGAAAAGGCCUACAUAUCCUACUGAGGAGCUAGAAGAAGAAGCAAUAACAGAAGAUGAUGCUGAAUUAACACUUAAUAAAAUAGAAGAAAUAAUUGCGGAAGAAGAGACAGACAAUGAGGAAAAUUAUAUUGAUCUGAACGUUUUAAAGGCACGAACUUACAAAUCAGACAUGCUUGAGUCUAAACAGGAAGAGAUUUUAGAAUCUAAAGUAGAUGCAGCUGAGUGGAAUCUUGAAGUGGAACGUGUUCUUCCUCAGUUGAAAGUCACAAUCAGAACAGAUAAUAAGGAUUGGCGAAUCCACGUGGAUCAAAUGCAUCAGCACCAAGAUGGAAUUGAAUCAGCUUUAAAAGAUACCCGUGGUUAUCUUGACAAGCUUCACAAUGAAAUCAGCAGAACUCUGGAAAAGGUUAGCAGUAGAGAAAAGUAUAUUAACAAUCAGCUGGAGCAUUUGGUUCAAGAAUAUCGUUCUGCACAGGCACUUUUGAGUGAGGCCAAAGAAAAAUAUCAGCAAGGAAGUGGUGGUGUGACAGAGAGGACAAGAAUUCUGUUGGAGAUUACUGAAGAAUUAGAGAAAGUAAAACAAGAAAUGGAAGAAAAGGGGAGCAGUAUGACUGAUGGAGCUCCUUUAGUGAAGAUAAAACAGGCUUUAACCAAACUGAAACAAGAAACCAUUCAGAUGGACAUACGAAUUGGCGUAGUGGAACACACAUUACUUCAAUCAAAGUUGAAAGAAAAAUCAAAUAUGACAAGAGACAUGCAUGCUACUAUAAUUCUAGAUUCUUCAAUUGUUGGUACUUAUUAAUUUUUAAAAUAAAUGCUAUGCAAAUAAAAUUUUGUACAUAAUAUAUUUUUCAAUUUAUGUAUGUCAUGCUGCAAAUCUAUUGCUGUGUAUAUAAACAAAAAGAUUUAUGUUUUACAAUCAAGACCUACUGUGUGUGUGUUUUUGUAUGUAUGUGUGCCUGGGUGUGUGGAGAGAAAAUAUUUUAAAUAUAGUAUAUUAAAAGUUUUGGAUUGCAUUGCAUUGAAAUGAAAAACUAUUCAAAAGCAAAAUCCUAUACAAAAAUAAAUUAUUGUAAAACAUUUAACUGUAAACACCAGCAAGAUUGCCUUCAUUUUUCUAAGACAAUGAGCCAUCACAACUUUAUGGACUAUAUCAGACUUUCAGUUUGUAGUUCGCUGUUUUUGAGCAAAGAAAUUACUAGAAAACUAAUUUUGCUCAAGAACAACCUAGUUAGGUUACAUUGCAUUAAAGUCUUUGUCUAUAAUUUUGUUUUGUUAGAAUUGCUAGUCCUAUGAGGGUAAAACUCAUCUGGCUAGAUGAUAUGGUAUAGGAGGGUUGCAAGAUGAAAUGGGAGGGAGCAUAUGGAAUCCCGAGUUAUGACUCAAAUGGAGAAUGAUUGAUUAUUGAUUUUUCUGCCAACUUGUGACAUUGGCUCAGAGGGAAAAGAAAUUGAAGAAUCCACCAAUUAGUGCCUUGAAGCUACCUUCAUUAAAUAUGUAAGGACACAGAUCUGAUCUGAGUAACUGAUGCCCUUUAAAUCAGCUAUGGUGGCAGUAAAAAUGACAUCAACGUACUUUCCGGUUGAUUCAAACUUGUGGGAAAUUUCUAUUUACACAACCAUAAGGAAGUACAUCUGAUAAUCAAGCAUAUUUAAAAUACUCAGUUAAUGCUAUCACUUCCCCGCCCCCAUUCUUCUUACUUCGAUGUGUUUCUUUCAAAACCAGGGAAUAUUUGUAUAUUUCUCUUUUCAAAUUGGCUAAUUUGAAACUUCCCCUAGUCACAAAGGUUUUUUAAGAACAGAUAAGUAGGCAUUCUGGGAGUUGAAGAGUGCUAUUGUUCAGAGAUUCUUGCUUUGUUUCUUAUUAGCUUCUCCAAAACAGCUCUCUGGUCUCAAGAAAGUAAUUUUUUUUCUCUGAGACUCAAGUGUUUAGUAGGAUGCAGGCCAAUAAGAGCAGAUCUUGAAACGUGGAUAUAGAAGAAAAGAAAAGAAACAAGAGUGGAAGUAGGACAGCUCCAGGAAGAGAAAGUAUUGGUUUUAUAGGUAAAAUUAUUAAGACAAUUGAAACUGGAUGUAAAGAAAGAACAUGUGCAAGCUGCUUGGAACAGAAU